GUCGAUGGUUUUUUAACUUGGAAAAUAAUUGUUACAUUAUGUCUGUUGAAGGUCCUAGUACGAGCUAGUAAUGUGUUUACGGUACUAUUUGUAUAUAGUUUGUAUUUUAUUGAUUCGCGAUGUCGCCGUUCAAAUUACCGACGAUGACCCCAAUACUAAUACAAUCUCUUCCUUUUCCACCAUCCCUUCAUCUCAUUAUGCUCCCGAAACUUCCAUGACGUAUCCAAUUUCUAGUUCGGAGAGCCGGUUGCCAAUUACCAUAGAAAUACUUCGGGUGUACGUACCACCUGGGAUCGGUAACGCCGUGAAAUUGGUAUGGGGCAGAGAAUACGACGAUGAUGUCGGUUUAAAUGCCACCUACGGAGUGCAUUACGCCAAAGAUGGUCAAGAUUUAACAGUACCAAAAAUUACGACGACCAACCGGAGCGCAGUCAUUGAAGAUUUGGAGUUUUGUACGAAAUACAAUUUCGCUGUUUCGUUGGCUAACGAACACAAAAUUAAUUCGAACAACAUCCGAAGUGUUGUGACUUAUAUGGAUCACACGGCGCCGCCGAAAAACUUCCAGGUCGACUUCGAGCCCAGAGAACCGCCGUGUUUGCUCAUCAGAUGGUCCGCGUCCUGCGCAAAUAUUGGACAAGCUAUCGGAUACGUUAUAUCGGCUUUCGAUCACGAUUCGACGCGCUACCGAAUGGUCACUUUGCCAGCGAGCAACCGCGCGGAUCUUCUUUACCAUUUCCAGGCGUAUUACGGUGCAAAAUUCGACAUCAAAGUAUCUACGAACUUUCCGGGGUCGAAAGCCGCAGAAGCUGUCACAUACAAAGUCCCGAAUUUCCUGCAACCCUACAAAGUUAGGGUCACGUCGAACCCGGAGGCUGGAGCUUUCAUGAUCUAUUGGCAGGAGCCCUAUUUACCCUAUUUUAUAGAUAGGCUCUAUUACGAGGUUUAUGUGUACCGAGGUUAUAAUAUUUCGGAGGAUUAUGAAAAAUUUUACGUCACCAGACCGGUGUUAAUUUACAAAGGAAACGAGAGUUUGUAUACUUUCAGCGUUGGAUCGGUGUCUUAUGAUGGGGAAUAUCGAUCAUUAUUCACUGAUCCUAUAGCAGCGGAUUUGUAUGGAGAAGUGCGACAAAUCAAUGUACCAUGAAGCUUGAUUUCAUUGCCAUUAAUCGUUUUGGAAUAAAAAUAAUACAAUACAUUCCAGUCACUUACGUUUUAAUUGUGAUUGUUAAACAUAUAUUAACAGUAAUAUCGUAAAACGGAUUAUUAUUUUUCCACUUCAGUUAAUAUAAUUUAACUUUUAAUAAAUAAUUUAAAGUGUUUAACAGUCAAAUAAAUAAGCAAUGAAAUCGGUAAUCAAUUCGUAUUUUUGAUCAUGUAUUAUUGAUUUGAAUUUAACCUUUUAUUAUUAUUAGCAUUUUGCAAAAUUUUAUUCCGAAUGGGAAAAUUCACUGUAAAAUAGCUUUGAAUAAUAUUUUAAUAAAUCAACGGUUUGUCAUAUGAAAUUAGGCUGCAAUUUAAUUUUACAUAAGUUUUUAUACGAAUCGAUUACAGAUUUUACAAACAUAAUAAAAAAAUUGAACAAUUUACAUUUUAUGUAGUUUUUAGACAAUAUACAUGACAUUAACGGUUUUUUUAAGUAAUAUGUACAACAUUAUUAUAAUGGGUAUUGAUUUGAAUAAUAAAAAACGACAAAGGUGGUUCCCUUGAAGGUCCAGACAAAUCUGAAAUCAUACAAUUAUAAAUUAAUUUUCCCGAGUAAUCCAAA